AGUCGUUCGUUGCUACAUCUCGCUCCACGGUUUCAGGUGAGAGGCGUUGUUUUUUUUAAAUUUUAUCAUUUUAUACAGUGGCGUAGUUAGCCUAAUGGCCAUCCAGGAUUUUGCUCCCCCCCCCUUUUUUUACAGUUCCCACCCGGGGGUGGAGCGGUCCCUCCUCGACCCCUUGCCCACGCCAGUGAUCUUAUGAUGACUAGCGUUUAUUUUUUAGCAAAAGAUUUUGCAUUAUAAGAAAAAAUGCGUAAUUUACUAUUUGAUAUUUGAAUUUAAGUCUGCCAGAUAAUUAUAAUGUGUUCAAAUUAUCAAGUUAUCAGGAACUAAGAAAUUGUUGACGUUUGUCGUCAGGAUAUUCCGAAUCUCAAAUGUCUAGAACGGAUCUCGUAAACAUUUCAGAGUCGGCGCUCGACACCGGAGUCGUUAAUUUAAUGUUGGACCCCGUAAACCCACCCAACAUCAACGCCUUUUAUUUAUUUAUGAGUCAUAAAACCUAUGGUGUAAAAAUAAAAUAUCGGACAUACCGUGAUACAGUUUGAACUAUUUAUAAACUUGAUAUAUUUUCUUUGUAUCCGUUUCUUUCCCAGCUAUGAUCACCUACGAAUCUACUUUACACAUUUCAACAAGGUAAGACGUGGCACUGACUGUUAAAUUUAAAAAAAAACAACAUUACGUGCGAAGCGAAAAAAACAAUUGGGAGCAGCGAUGCCUAUUAAGUUAAAUAACACAUGGUGUUCUAUGCACAGUGUUCUCCCCACACCCCCCCCCCCACACACACACACACUUAAAAAAAUUGUUUUAACUAGACAACGAAAAAAAAAAAACGAUACAAAAUAAAUAUAUGGGUAUGCUAAUCUGCGCAAAGAGAUAAUAUAUUUUUCUAGUAAAAAUAAAUAGGCCCCUAUAUCUUAAUCUACACAAAGAUAUAAUAUGUCUUAUUAAGUUCUCCAGUAACACUUAAGUUUUUCUUUCUUAUUCACAAAAAUGAAAACAUUAAAAAAAAACAGCUUUAACAAAUAUAUGACCAUUUUGAAUCCCCUUGAUUACAAAUGACAUAAAGUGUUAUCCACAGUCAUAGUCAUCAGAUACACUACAGGGUGGGCCAAUAAAAGUGAGCACAUCUCGUAUAUAUGAGUUAUUUCAAAAUAUAAUUUAAUUAAUUAUAAUUCUUCAUGGAAUUUUUUUUCUUCAAAAUAUUUAGCUAAUCAGAAAUCAUGUUCAAUGUGUCCUCCUUGCUUCGCAACGACUUUUUCCAAGCGUUGACACCACACGUUCAUGCUUCUGUCAAUGAAACGUUGCCCUAGAUUUUACGAGAUGUUCUCACUUUUAUUGGCCCACCCUGUAUAUCUGCAUAUUUUUAACUGCUUGGUUUCAGGUUAAUUUUUAUGACCAAAUGCCAAACAUUUUAUUUAUUUAAUUUUUUUUUUUUUUUAUGGGGGGGGGGGGGGGUGUUGUACCAUUUAGUUAAAUAAAUUCCGCUAAAACCGUUCGAUUAUCUAAAUAUAGGAGAGACGUACGCAAUCUGUUGCAAACCUUUCAAAGGCAUAUCCUAUUGCUACGGCUAAAAAAAAGAAGGGACCAAAAAUUAAAAAAAAUAAAAAUCCCCUUAUAUCUACAUGGUGUAAUUUACAGUCUUUUUCAAAUCGCUGUUAAAUCAGACUAAGAAAACCAUGCGUGUUUAAUUUUUGUUUUUUGUGUGUUCAUCAUGUGAUUAAAAACCACAUGGUAAAAACCAUGUCAAAGUUAGCAUAACACAAACUUAAUAUGAUUUCACCCCCCCCCCCACACACACACACACUUUUUUCCACAGAAAUCCAGCACAGACAUGUAUGCACGUCUACCCGGCAUGCUUUUGUUUGGCCUCGGUCUAUUCUCGGUCAUACGGUCAAGUAAGUCCACUCACCAUCGACGAAAUCAAUGAAAAAUGCCUUAUUAAUGAUCGGUGCAACCAUGUGCUAUUUUUGUUUAGUGAAGCCAAGAGGUUGUCAUAGUGCUAUUUAAGCGAAUCAGAGUAAAAGCACAAUGAAAUAAACAUUAUUCAAACUAAUUAAAAUAAUAAGUCAUCAUUUUGAAUAUUGCAACCGAUGAUGAAAUGAUCACAGCUGCGUCGUUUCUAGAUAUUUUGGGAAAAAUUGAAAACUACCAACCAUCCAUCCCUUAUACUACCCCCACCCCCACCCCGUCAUCCAGGCUAGAAGAAUUAAGGCAUUAAAUAUAAAAGAAAAUAGUAGGGCUAUUCAAAAUUUAAAAAAUCUUUUACAAUUUUCAAAUGUUCCCCUUUAUUUAAUUAUUGAUUCCUUCUUUGAGUUUGCUCAUUUUGUUGUUGUUGUUGUUGUCGACGUUUCAUAAAUAAUUUUUUUAAAAAUAAUUGUGUGUUGUGGGUGAGGUGAAGGGACCUACAGCUGACCUAUCCUACCCAAUACAAAAUUGUGUUUCACCUCUUGUUCCUGCGUACGGCGUCACCACCAAUGUCUAAACAUGUCAACAGCAUGUGAAUAUGUUGUACGGAGUAUUACAAUGGAGGAUUUGUUCACUCUACCAAGUGUUUUGUGUCAGUCAAUAACAUGGGAGCAUUGCUGUGCAAUGUAAAAUCAGAUUUAGAUAAAUAAAUGUAUUUUUAUAAAAACGCAUUUUAGCGUCGCUUGGUUAUCGGGGACAUUUAGAAAGAAUGCCAAAAUGAAAGGAGUGAAGAGGGUGGUAUACCAAGAGGGUGCACCACCAUUGUCGGCCAUUGACCAAAACCCCAACAGAGGAAAACGGCUCAAAGUAAGUCACAGGCGGACCUGGGCUGAAGUAGACAUACGAUGUAGGGGAAAAAGAUACAGCACACCUGUUUACCCUCAAACUCAAAUAUUUAAAAUCGUACAAUAUCAUCUCAAAAUCGUUCAAUACAUUAUAUGUUAUAUGGUAAAAAAAUAAAAAAGGUAUAUAAUAAUUUUAUUAAUAAUAUAUAAUGUCGGUAAAUUCAGAGAAAGCGGCCCGAGUCUAUUUCCAUGGCCACCAUCUUGGUUGCCUCGAUCCGCUCACUUUUACGUGUUCACGGGUCGAGGCAACCAAGAUGGCGGCCAUGGAAAAAUAAAAUAAUUCACGUUUGCUAAAAUUUGGAAGAAAUCGUGAGAGUAAACAGGUCUGAUACUGAUACAGCAGCUGGGAGUCCAAGCAUGGAAAAGAAAAGCAUCCAUUAGGUCUGAUUGGAAGGAAGUGGUGAGGCAGACACUAAAAUGGCUAAAAGUAAAAAGGGUUGUAAGUUGUAGCGCCACAAUUUUGAUGGAUUAAUAAUAAUAAUAAGUGGUCUUAUAUAGCGCGGUACCCCGGCCUAGGGCUGGGCUCACCGUGCUGUACAUAAAUAUAGCAAAGAGGCAUAAUCAUAAUAUUAAAAUAAAAUACAUAAAUGAAAUAAAAACAACAUAUAAGCAAAACAACACCAUAGGUAUAUUCAUCCACCCACACCAGACAUUUUUACAAGGAAACCCAUGUACGUUUAUCGGUUUAUAGGAGGAGAAUCAGUCAGAGUAGUAUAGUUUAAAUAGAUGUGUUUUGAGUGCAGUUUUAAAGGCCUGUGUGGUUGUUAUAUUGCGGAUGUGUAGUGGCAAAGAAUUCCAUUGUUUGGGGGCGCAGAAAGAGAAAGAUCGUUCACCAUAUAAUUUAGUGCGUGUCUUGGGAACGGACAGAAUACGCAAGUCUGCGGAGGAGCGAAGUUGUCGAAGGGGUGAAUAGACAGAAAGAAGUUCAGUUAGAUAGGAAGGGCAGGAAUCCGAGAAAAAGUUGUGACAGAGAAGAGACAGCUUGUAGUCAAUGCGUGCCUGUAUAGGGAGCCAAUGUAGUGAGUGGAGUAGUGGAGUGACGUGAUCGCGUUUUUUUGCCUUAAGAACAAGCCUAGCAGCAGAGUUUUGAACUUUCUGCAGUUUUUGAUUAUGAUUAUUAUAUUUUAUUAAGCCCUAUUAGUUAUAGUAUAUGAUAUAUGGCAUUUUAAAAUGGAUUUUAUGUUGAAACGUAGAGCUGCUCUAAAAUUAAAAUAAUUAGCCAUUGCGUUCAUAUCGCGAGGACUGCUUUGGACGAAAUAGUCUUAUAUUUUAGACCGAGAUUUGAAAGCCAUUAAUUAAUUACAUUAUGAUUGUUGUGACACAUUAGUGUGACCCUUUAUGUUCGAAUACACCAUCAGGAGUCACUGAAUGAGAAAAAACUUAAUGAAAUUAUAUUAGUUAAAAAAAUGUUCUUCAUUCAGUCAUUAAUAAAAUUGUUUGAGGCAUUAGCUUUAUUUUUAAAUUGGUUCUUAUCGUGUUGUGCAAGCUUGCUUGUCAGUUUCAAUUUACUGUUCAUAUUCACUUUACUGUCCAUAUUUAAUUCACCUCCAUAUUUAGUUUUUAUAUGAUUAUUAUUAUUGGUACAACAUUAAUGGUAUUUUUUGGUUCAAUUUGUAACUCUUUCAUGAAUAAAAUUAUUUCACAUCCGAAAUUAUAAAAUGAUUUUAAUUAAAUCGUUUUUUCACAGAAUAUGCAGAUCCUACCUUAAGGGACCUUCUCAGAAUCAAGUGUAAAGGUGGAAAACCCAACAUCUGUCUGCCCUACGGAAUAUGUUGUCGCCCAUCACAGUUUUGCUACAACGGUUUAUGCGAGACGUGUUUCGAUGCUACAGUAAGACAUCUCCCACGAGAAGAGAAAAGACAAUGGUGUAGAGACUAUGGCCAGCACAACGUUAGUUUGAUGCGGCACAGCACGUGUGGCAUGGCAUGUCAGUCGCUGUUUACAUCAAACGACCUGAGCACAAAGAUCAACGGUACAUCAUAAACUAUGUCAUAGAUUAAACCUGUUAGACUUUGGAUUUUGUUUUAUACCAUAGGUCCAUACAAGACGUUAAUUUUUAAAUUUAAAAAUGAUGCUGGACAAUCUAUCGGUCUGUAACAAUGGUGUAGCAAGGGUUAAUGUCAGAUUCAUACUGCUCCUUCCACGAAAAAACUAUAUACAGCAGUUAAAAUUAAAAAGUGCCACCCAGGGCAGAACCCCCCCCCCCUUUCUUUGUUACGUGACUGGUCUGGAGCCUAUUCGAUUUACAAUGCCUGCAAUGUAGGUCCAUACCGACAAGGGUUUUAGAUUUUGUUUUAUACCAUAGGUCCAUAAAAGACGUUAAUUUUUAAAUUUAAAAAUGAUGCUGGACAAUCUAGCGGUCUGUAACAAUGGUGUAGCAAGGGUUAAUGUCAGAUUCAUACUGCUCCUUCCACGAAAAAACUAUAUACAGCAGUUAAAAUUAAAAAGUGCCACCCAGGGCAGAACCCCCCCCCCCCUUUCUUUGUUACGUGACUGGUCUGGAGCCUAUUCGAUUUACAAUGCCUGCAAUGUAGGUCCAUACCGACAAGGGUUUUAAAUACUUAAGGUGUGUUUUUUUUCUGGAAAUAUUGAACUGGAUUGGCAUGCAGUAAGGUACCUAAUAUUGGGUGAAAAAGGAGGGGUGGAGGGGGGGAAAGCGCUUAGACGGCUUUUUAAAAAUUUUAAAUAUUAAAUUGUAUAAAUGAUAUGAGUGUGGUCAAUUUUAGAGUUUCCACCUGGAAGGAUUUAGUCAAACUCACCAUUGUUACCAUGAAAACUUCCAUACGUACUAUUUGGAUGGAUUUUUUACAAUCUUGUGGUAGUCCUGUUCAAGUUCAAGCUUGUGAUAUCAACCAUUUUAAAUUGUUAGCUGCAUAAUUCGAUAAAAUAUGUAAGGUUAUUUUUAAUAGAUUUUCACCGUCUUUUUUAUCGAUGCUGCUUGAAAGAGUCCUCAAAGUAAACCCUGUUAUUGUUUUGAUUAAUAAAAAAAAAAGAGAAAACAAUCAUUCAUUUAUUUAUUUUGAUUCCAGACACCAGCCUCCAGAUUUCACCAGUGAGAGAUCAUGAGGUGAACCAUGUUGUGUACUCCAACACAGGUGUCCUUGUUUUGGGAAUAGCAGGUACCGGUUUAAAAAAAAUAUAUUUCCUGUCAAAGAUUGGUCUGUACUGCUGUACUGUUUUUAGCUGAAAUAACUUUCUUUUGGUCUUGUGAAUGAAUUAAAAAAGGGUCAAAAGCUGCGUACAUCAAUAUUAAUGAUGCAGACUUUGACUAUGACUCUGAGAUGUGAAAUUCGGAAGCCAUCUGAAGCCCUUUUAAUUUUAUACAAGUUUUUAGUUGCUAAAUAAUACAAAAAAUAAUAGUCAACAACAAUAUUUUAACAAAUAAGCAUUUAGACAUUUUUAGCAUUUAGACAUCUUAAUAUUUAGACUCUUUGGCAUUUAGAGAUAUUGGAAUUCAGACAUAGAGACUUGUUAUACACUUUGGCAUUUAGACAUUCAGGCCAUAUUUUUCCCAGCCCCUAAAUUAGAGAAGUUUAUGUUAAGAAAAACAUCCUGCCAGACCAAAUGAGGAAAGAAGCACAAUCUGGUAUAUAUUUUAAAAAUUGAGAGCCCACCAUUAGCGAUAAAACUGUUAUAGAUAAACCAUUUUAACACAAAGUAAAAAAUAAAUGUUAUAUUUUCCCAGAAACUUUUUGUUAUUAAGCAUUAACGUCUGUGAACACUUGCUUCAAACCCUUGUUGUUCCCUACAUUUGCUAAAUAAAAUGCAUAUCUAUAUCUUUAAAAAUAAUUUUUUUUUAAAUCUGUGACACUACCACUGUAUAUAAAAUGAUUGCUGUGAACCUUCAAAUAUUUCACAACUGUUUAACUUUGGCACUAUCAGUUGGUAAUGAAUUACAUUUUAGUUUAAAUUGUUAUCUGCAAAGAUACGUUUAUGUCUUUCAAUAUUUCAUUAAACACGAGAUAUCCCAUAAUUUCAGUGACAUUACAGUCUUUUGUGAUUGCCGGCCUCAUUUUGGUUUUUUUUAAAAACUUUGGCAGGAAAUCAAUACAUAAAGGUAGGUUUAUAAAAAAAAAGUUCAUUAAUUCAAAAAUAUUUAUAGGUGCAGCAUCAUAAAAUAAGAUAAGAUAAGGUAUUUUUAUUGAUCCAAAUAAAUGGAAAUUUGUUUUUUUUACAUUCAUCGUACAUAUUUCCCUCAGCCCUUGAAAUGGUUGUUUAUAUUUUCCGUUGUUCCUGUAGCGAGACACUCGCCGUGUAAGUGUGCAGUAUGAAUAACUCUUGAGUUCUUGAGUGAGAUUUUUAUUUGAACGAGGUUUUCUUCUCCAAGAUGACGUGAACGCCUUUUGUUUGUAUUCGAUUUGUCUUUAAAUAGUUGGUUUGAACUUGCCAUUUGUUUACAAGAUGGCGUCUCAAUAGUUUCCAAUAUGGCGGCUAUGGAUGGGUCUUGGUGUAUGGCAACAACGUCCAAAAAAUCAUCGCGGUAAAAAACACAAGAUAAUCAGUCAACGGAGAUAAAACACACCUUGAUUCCACAAGAAAACGUUGUAAAAACCUUUAAACUAUUACGAAAGCUGGAAAAAAAUGCACAGAUGAAUUUGAGUCGCCUGCAGAGCGGCGCCUGUAAGUAAAGGAGUGCAGAGGAAGGCGUUUUGUCACAAUUGGCACUUUUUUUUAAUUGGAGGAGUGGCGUUUUCAGCUAUUUUCAUGGAAGGUGGUGGGGGGGAAUCUUGGCCUCCUCCAUGGCACUAAUCCCAGCUAUGUUGCUGAUUAGAUAAAAUUUAUAUGGCUAAGAUUAGAUGUGCAAUGAUUUAAUUUGUUAUUUGUGUGUAGCAUGUGUAGAGAAAUUGGUGAGUGGCUUCUCUCUUAAAUGGCAUUGCUAAUCUUGUGUAUUAAUUUCGUUCUUUGUACUGUUUGAAAUAUCAAAAGUUUUCCCAUGGUGUGUGGGGGAAAAGUUAUAUCACCUCUUACUGAUGUCCUUUUUCAAGGCAGACAAUCGUAACAGCAUUUCACUAUUUUUUCCAAAUUUAAUAUAUAAUGUUAUAAUUUUAGUGUUUAAAAAAAGAUUUUCUGAUAUAAUUCAUCAGCACCCCCUUGAAUAGUCACAGCACCACAACUCCUAAAUUUACAUAGUAUUUACUGCCCCCUGGGACAUCCCAUCCCCUGAGGCCGGUACCACCCACUUUGAGAACAACUGUUCUAUAGAAUGCUACAUUAUAAUAUUUAAGUGGGAGACCAAUAUUUUUUUAAAAUUUCUGUUGGAAAAAAACAAAACUUUUCAUACAUUUUUCUCCAAGAUGCCAGGAGUUUACUACUUAAUGAACUCUGGUGUAAAUUAAAUAAUCCAUUAACUUUGAUAAAAAUUAAUUAAAUAUUUUUACCCAAUGUCACAUCAUAAGAGAAUGCAAACUUGGCUUUGUCUAUUGAUUCAGUGAAGUCGAUACAGUCUGGUUAUUAUUAUUGAGAAAUAUUUGUGAAAGAAAAAUGUCUUAUUUCUAAACUAAGUGAGACAGUUACUUGCUGUUCAAAUAAGACUCCUGCUUUUUGUUUUUUUAACCCAGUUUACCCUGCGAUUGAGGAAGAGCAAGAUGGCCGCCAUAAAUACAGUAUCCGGAGAAAACAGCAAGUGGAUGAAGAGAGGAAAGGCAUGAGUAAACGGGAAAUAGUGCCGUUGGUUGAUAAUACACUCGAACCUAAUGACAUUUCUCUUGCUGGACAGGAGACAACAGUCUCCCCUGUUACAGAAAACCUAAACCCUAAUUUGUCUACAGAUGUUUUUACUUCAGAAACUAGAUUGUGACGAGGAUGGGGAGGGGGGGGGCAAGGUGCAUUCGAAUAUAACCAUUAUUUGUAUUUGUUUUUAUCUGUUGCAAGGAAAGUGAAUGUAGAAUUUUUGCGAACUUUUAUUUUAAACGGACAAUAAGUUGUUGUUUUUUUCCCCCCUUCAGUAAUGUGAUAAACCUCCCCACUACCCAUUUCAUUUUUGUUUUUUUUAAAUUGGAAAUUGAAAAAAAAAAUUCUCUGACCUAAUAAUUCUGUCCAUAUUUUUGUCAGUAGAGUUCAUACAUACAUAGUCAAAUUUAAUUUUAAGUUUUUAUUUAGAUGUGAUGUUUUAAAAGUAUAACUUUAACCAGCCUUAAGUUUCAGCUGCCUCAUUUAUUAGAUUGUUCAACUGUAUGCCUUCUCAUAGUAACUGUACUUAGCAUCCUGUAAGUCUGAUUUAUAUGAAUUUUGUUAUAAUGUUAUAUAAUUGUUCUAAUAUAUUUGUUUUUUUAUUAAAAUUAUAUCUAAUUUAUUUGAUUUUGUUUAAAAAUGAUGUCUGAUUGAUUUGAUUUUUGUUGUGUGGAAAUAAAUUAAACGUUCCCUUAUAAAAUA